CGUGCGCGAGCGGCGGGGCUUUCUCCGGAGCCGUCGGAGGGAGCCGGAGCGCUUCUCCCGAGUUGGCGAUCGAUCAGUUGUGGUCCAACAUGCAGGAGUGAGUGAGUGGUGAAAGGCAGCAGAGCUGAUGGGUGGUGAGGAUGUAAGUGCGUUUGAAGGCUCUCACACCCUCUACUCCAGGACAGAAUCAUGAAUAAACUGGAGGACACGCAGGACCAGAUGAUACCAUGAAGAGAAGUUUACAGGCCCUCUAUUGCCAACUGUUAAGCUUCCUCCUGAUCUUGGCACUGACCGAAGCACCGGUGUUUGCUGCCCAGGAACCAUCUCCCAGGGAAUCUCUUCAAGUCUUCCCCUCAGGCACCACCCCAGGCACCAUGCUGACAGCACCCCUCAGCUUCACCAGACACUCCUCCAUGGUGGCUGCCCCCGCCUCCAUGGUAACACGGACCCCUCAUCCCGACAGACCCUCCUCACAGGCCACGGCUCCCAUGGCAACGAUGACGCCCCAUCCAGACGGACACCCUCCUACAAACACUGUCUCCACCAUCAUGGCAACAGCAACCACUCCCCAACCUGAAGGCCCCCUGUCCACAGGGCCACCUCCUGCUGCCAUGGCAACCACAUCCUCCCACUCAGAAGGCCGCCCCCCAGGGGAGGCUACACCCACCAUCCUGCCGACAAAGCAGAGGAGAGCCACCAGCCGCCCCCCCACAGCACCCUCCCGGGUGACCACACGUAGGCCCCCCAGGCCUCCAGGCUCUUCCCGAAAGGGAACUGGCAGUUCACGCCCUGUCCCGCCUGCACCCAGCGGUCACUCUGUGAGGAAGGAAGGCCAGCGGGGACGAAAUCAGAGUUCCACACACCUGGGGCAGAAGCGGCCCCUGGGGAAAAUCUUUCAGAUUUACAAAGGCAACUUCACAGGAUCUGUGGAGCCUGACCCCUCCAUCCUCACCCCCCGGAACCCACUCUGGGGUUACUCCUCCUCACCACAGCCCCAGACAGUGGCCACAACCUUGGCGCCCAGCAGGACCUCGUGGGUACCACCCACCACCCCCCUGGUGCCUGCAGAGGACAAGCCCGGCCUUAGCAGAGCAGACCAAGGGGGUGGUUCCACCUUCACCAGCCAAGGAGGGGUCACCCCUGGCAUUAGCAGACCUCCAUCUGCCAGCUCUGGGGUCUUCACGGCUGCCACGGGGCCCACCCAGGCUGCCUUUGACGCCAGUGUCUCAGCCCCUUCUAAGGGGCUUCCUCAGGGAACAUCCUCAGCCCCUCAGGCUCCAGCCAGCUCCCCCGGGGUUUCAGAAAGCACUGUUUCCCAAGCCGAGGAAGAGGCUUUGGCCACCACCACCAUGGCUGGCAGGGUGCCCAGUCCUCUCUCCACGGUGGUGUCCACGGCCACAGGAAACUUUCUCAACCGUCUGGUCCCCGCCGGGACCUGGAAGCCAGGAACAGCAGGGAACAUCUCCCAUGUGGCCGAAGGGGACAAACCCCAGCACAGAGCCACCAUCUGCCUGAGCAAGAUGGACAUCGCCUGGGUGAUUCUGGCCAUCAGCGUGCCCAUCUCCUCCUGCUCCGUCCUGCUGACCGUGUGCUGCCUGAGGAGGAAGAAGAAGCCGGCCAACCCCGAGAACAGCCUGAGCUACUGGAACAACGCCAUCACCAUGGACUACUUCAGCAAGCAUGCCGUGGAGCUUCCGAGGGAGAUCCAGUCCCUUGAAACCUCUGAGGACCAGCUCUCGGAGCCCCGGUCCCCAGCCAACGGCGACUACAGAGACACCGGGAUGGUCCUCGUUAACCCCUUCUGCCAAGAAACGCUGUUUGUGGGAAACGAUCAAGUGUCGGAGAUCUAAGUGCAGCAGCCCUCGCUUUGCCGUUCCUUCCUUUUGUCUCUAAAUUAUCCACGUACAAAUAUAUAUUAUAAAUGUCAUCUUUGUGUAACCCUGACUUGAUGAUAAAAAGUUUUCAGUCUUUUUUUUUCCUAAGAAUUGUCAACAUCUUUUUUAUAAGUGUGGUUAGAAAAAAAAUUUACAGAACGAUCCGUGGCUUUAUAAAAUAAAGGUAUUUCUAAGCAAA